ACAAAGACACAUGGCAAUUGGUACCAACCCACACCAGACUUUUCUUUUUCUCUCGUGUUUUUGCUUUGGACGAGAAACAAAUCAAUGAACAGUCGUUACGGUGCAUUUUUGUGAUUGGUUUAAGACUUUUAUUUAAGGUAGGACAUGAGAAAAUCGAGGGACACUAUCCAUCUUCAAAGUUUGAAUUGAAGCCAAAGGAAUCAAACAAGAAAAACAUAUUAGCAAGAGAGAGAAAGGGAAAAAGGAGAGAGAGGUGUUUUCUUUUUUUCCUUUUUUUUUUUUCCCUUUUUCUUUUCUGGAGGCCCUUUUUUGACAACUUCUAUGGUCUCAUAGAGGGGUUUGAUGAAUAGGGUCUUCAUUGUUUAAGGACAAAGAUUAAACCUUCAAAAGGGCUUUCUUUGCGGGUUUCAUUUAUUUUUCUGCUUUCAGUUUUUAUAGAAGGCUCUGUUUUGAAAUUUAUUGUUUUGUUUUGGCGAGUGAUUCUGAGGAAAGGAGGAUAAACAAAAUGAUAAGGUGGUGGACAUCUGCUUUGCAAUUAACGGAGCUAUUUGUGAGCAUUGCAGUGCAUUUGGCAUAUGGAUUAUACAUAUUUAGCUCAGCUGUAGCUGGUGAUCUUUCUCAGGCUUUGAAUGAUUGGUUUUAUAAGCCUAAUAUGAACAUUGUGGUUAAAGAAGAAGAGACUAGAGGAACAUCAAAACCCACCACCAAUGCUCAUGAUCUUCCUCCUAUUGUUUUGGUCCAUGGAAUUUUUGGAUUUGGCAAAGGGAGAUUGGGAGGUUUAUCAUAUUUUGCUGGGGCUGAGAAGAAAGAUGAGAAGGUUCUUGUGCCCGAUUUGGGAUCCUUAACUAGCAUAUAUGAUAGGGCAAGGGAAUUAUUCUAUUAUUUGAAAGGUGGGCAAGUUGAUUAUGGUGAAGAACACAGCAAGGCUUGUGGUCACUCUCAAUUUGGACGAAUUUAUGAGCAAGGGCACUAUCCUGAAUGGGACGAGGAUCAUCCAAUUCACUUUGUUGGGCAUUCUGCUGGAGCACAGGUUGUUCGAGUGCUGCAGCAAAUGCUCGCCGAUAAGGCAUUUAAGGGGUAUGAGAACACUUCUGAGAAUUGGGUAUUAAGCCUCACAUCCUUGUCUGGAGCUUUCAAUGGGACUACAAGGACUUACUUUGAUGGGAUGUUGCCAGAAGAUGGAAGAACAAUGAAACCAAUAUGCUUGCUUCAGGUAUUGCGCUUAGGAGUGAUAAUAUAUGACUGGCUUGACAUACCCUUGUUAAAGUCUUACUACAAUUUCGGAUUUGAUCACUUCAACAUGUCAUGGAAGAAAAUGGGAAUCUUGGGUCUUUUUGAUUGCCUUUUGGGAAAUUCUGGUCCAUUUGCAUCAGCAGAUUGGAUUCUUCCUGAUCUUACAAUUCAAGGGUCUAUGCAACUCAAUUGCCAUCUUCAAACCUUUCCAGAUACAUACUAUUUCAGCUAUGCUACUAAGCGUACUAGGAAAAUAUUUGGCAUUACGGUUCCCUCAAGCAUUUUAGGUAUCCAUCCACUGCUUUUUAUAAGAGUACUGCAGAUGACCCUCUGGACUUUCCCUCCAGAUGUUUCUCCUCCUUACAAGGGAUACAGGGAUGAAGAUUGGCAGGAUAAUGAUGGAGCACUCAACACAAUAUCCUCAACCCACCCACGUAUCCCAAUAGAACAUCCAAGCCAUUUCGUCACAAAUGAUUCCGAAUGUCAAAGCUUGCAACCAGGAAUCUGGUAUUACAAGAUUGUGGAAGCCGAUCACAUUUUUUUUAUUGUGAAUCGGGAAAGAGCAGGAGUUCAGUUUGAUCUUAUGUAUGAUAGCAUUUUUGAACGAUGCAGAAAGCAUGUAUUUAGAAAGACUCCUCAAACUCUACCAAAUGAAUCUCAAGACCAAUAGUUUAAUGUCUACGCUCACCAUACAACUAGAAAUAAUGAAAAGAAGAAAAGAAAAGAAAAAAAAAGGAGAUCUAUUACUUUGCAUUAGUACACUAUUCUUUAAAAAUUAUCACACUGCAGUGGUAAUAUUUUUUUAUAUCCUCUCUCUCUCUCUCUUUAGAUUUAAAUUUCUUCAGGGAUUUACCAUUAUCAUGACUAAUGUGGAACAGGCUAGUCCUUGAAUAAUACUAGUUAGUUUUUUUUUUUUU